AUGAAAAAGUUUCAUAAUUUCCAAAAUUACUUUACCGAGGCUUUCUCGUUAUUCGAUAAAGAUGGCGAUGGAACUAUUACUACUAAAGAAUUGGGAACUGUUAUGCGGUCCCUUGGACAAAAUCCCACAGAAUCCGAGCUUCAGGAUAUGAUUAAUGAAGUCGAUGCAGAUGGCAACGGAACUAUUGAUUUCCCUGAAUUCCUUACUAUGAUGGCAAGAAAAAUGAAGGAUACAGACAGCGAAGAAGAAAUUCGAGAGGCUUUCCGUGUGUUUGACAAGGAUGGCAACGGUCUUAUCUCGGCUGCUGAGUUACGGCACGUCAUGACCAACCUUGGUGAAAAACUAACCGACGAAGAAGUUGAUGAAAUGAUCCGUGAGGCUGAUAUUGAUGGCGAUGGUCAAGUGAAUUAUGAAGGCAAGUUUGCUUUGCAUGUCGAAUUUGAAUAUCUAUGUUGUAUCUCAAUGUCUCACGUGUUUUUUGUGUUUUUUUUGUUUCCCCCACCUUCCGUGUAUGUGUCGUUCUCGAUGUUUUCACGUUCGAAAUUUCGCUUCGGUUAA